GGAUUGGCAAGGAGUUUGGAGGCGCAUCUGCACAAUUGCAUGAAGCAAACGACAGGGCUUGAAUGCACUGGAAUACUGGGCGCAAUGGGAACAACGAGGUAGCGCCAGACAGCCAAACACCCACCGCAGUCGACCGGCCCUGAGCGCCGUUGAUCUCGUGAGCCAUGGAGGACGACGACGACAAAUACGCCCGCUACGCACACGUGCCCAUUCCCUCUUACGAAGACGCCAUCAACCGCCCCAGUUCGUCCCAAAACAUCCGAGAAGCAGAGCGAGAAGGAUUACUAGGUCAAGAUGGCCGAACGAGCACAUAUCGACCCCCUACGGCAGAGUCGCCACGAUCGAGCGAGGACAGCGACCUUCGACUACCCGAAGUGAACGGCGACGAUGACGAUGAACGACGGAGAGUGGAAGAGCUCGACUACCUCGACCCUUCGACACCAGAUCCAGACUCCCGGAGAGCUGGCUUGUACCAUCGCGCUCGAUUACGAAACAAAUUCACACAACACUUGUCCAACCUGGGCGCAACACUCUCUUCCAUUCGAUUACCUUCCUUUCGAUCAUUAUAUUCCCCUGUACAAUCACCGCCGGACGAGGAUCGCGACAACAGCAACGAAAAUGACACCCCAGCUGAGCCUCCCCAACGAAUGGCCUGGCUCUACCGACCACUUCCUUCCAUUCCCGAUCAAUAUCGCAUGGGCGCAGCAACUGCAGCACGACUAUGCGGCCUCAUGUCUAUUGCAAUCCUAAUUUACGUUCUCUUCAUACUGGACAUCUUCCCCAAUGGAGGACGAUAUCUGGGCACUCGCUUCGAUCCGGAAUCCGUACGCGCAUAUGUGCAGGACAAUGUGGACGCUGGGCGAAUAGAGGAAUACCUAUACCACAUCACGGGCUACGAUCACGUAGCGGGAACAGAAGGAGAUCUUUACAUGGCAGAGUGGAUGAAGGAGAAGUGGAGGGAAGAGGGGUAUUUGGACGACCUGAGUCUCAAGAGCUACUAUGUCUAUCUCAACUAUCCAACACAAGAUGGGAGGAGCGUCGAGAUCGUAGAGCCGAAAGGGAAAAGGUGGAAGGCCAAAUUGGAAGAAGAAAGAGCAGAUCCGGUCAAGCAACAAACGUGGGCGUGGCAUGGCCACAGCAAGAAUGGCCUGGCACAAGGGCAUCUGAUCUACGCAAAUGGAGGCAACAGGGAAGAUUUUGCGUGGCUUCGAGAGCAAGGAGUCUCGCUGAACGGCAGUAUCGCGCUGAUGCGGUAUUACAGCACGCAAGGAGAUCGGGCGCUUAAGGUCAAGGCUGCGGAAGAGGCUGGAUGUGUCGGGGCUUUGAUCUACUCAGAUCCUGCAGAUGAUGGGUCAGCGAGAGGACCGGUCUGGCCAGAUGGACCUUGGAGACCGGAGGACAGCUUGCAGAGGGGAGGUGUCAGCUUGAUGAGCUGGGUUGCGGGCGAUCCUCUCACACCUGGCUUUGCGAGCACAUUGGACGCCAAACAGCACAGCCACGAGAAUAAUCCAGGACUAGUAAACAUCCCCUCAUUACCUCUAGCUUGGCGAGAUGCGAAAGUCCUGAUCGAAUCCUUAUCUGGACAUGGCGUUCGAGUGCCGAAGGAAUGGGUAGGAGGAGAUCAGGGCUUCACCAAGGAGUGGUUCUCUGGAGCUGCCACAUCUGCGUCUGCCGAUGCCCCUGUUGUGAAUCUCAAGAACCACAACGAUGAGAACGACAAACAGCAGAUCUGGAACCUACAUGGCACGAUUGAAGGUCUAGAACAGCCGGAGAAAAAGAUCAUCGUUGGCAACCAUCGCGACAGCUGGUGCUUCGGCUCUGUGGAUCCUGGCAGUGGUAGUGCGGUCUUGAUGGAGAUAGUGCGAAUCUUUGGUGCUCUGCGAAAGCUGGGAUGGCGGCCUUUGCGUACCAUCGAGUUCGUCAGCUGGGACGCCGAGGAGUACAAUCUGGUAGGCAGUACCGAGUAUGUGGAAGACAAUAUGGAUGCACUUCGAGACAACGCUGUGGCAUAUCUGAAUGUCGAUGUUGGAGUGUACGGCCCGGAUCCGGUCUUUCGAGCUGCAGGUUCUCCCGUCUGGCAAAGGAGUCUUCUCCAUGUGCUAGAUCGAGUAGGCACACCAGAUGGCCAAGCCACGAUACGGCAGAUCUGGGACGACAGACAGUCGAAGCUCGAAGGUCUUGGGGCGGGAAGCGAUUAUGUUGCGUUUCAAGACAUGGCUGGCACGUCUUCAAUCGACUUUGGGUUCGAGGGCGCGACCUACGGCUACCCAUACCACUCAUGCUACGAAACAUUCGACUGGAUGAAGAAGUUCGGCGAUCCUGAAUUCGGCUGGCAUCGAACACUCGCUCAGAUCUGGGCGUUGCUCAUUUUGGAAGUGGCUGAUCGGCCAAUCGUUCCCUUUGAUCUGAAGAGCUACGCUGAUGCGCUGGGAGGGCCGUAUCUUGACAAUUUACAGCAGUACGCGGCUUCCCAGAUCAAGAAGUUGGGAGGUAAGCGAGAUGGCACCCAACUCGACAUCACUCCUCUCAAGCAAGCUGCGCAGCAUCUGAAAGAAGUCGCGGACGAGUUCCACAAAUUCGAGGACAUCUGGACGACAAAUGUUCUUGGAACGGGUGGACUGGAAAGCACCAACUAUGCCAUGCGAAGGCUGGAGUACAACGAUGCGCUAUCGAAAUUCGAGACAGAUUUGCUCGAUAUCUCCAGAUCCUCCAAAGACGAAGAACAACACGGCGUACCAGGUCGAGAACAAUUCAAGCAUGUAGUGUUUGGGCCCCAGGCCUGGAGUGGAUACGAUGAGGCCUACUUUCCCGCUGUCAGAGAUGCGUUAGACGCAGGUGACUGGAAGCUCGCGCAGGAUCAGGUCCUGAAGGCCGCGCGAAUCUUGCAACGCGCAAUAGAUCAGUUGGAAAACAAGAAAAAGAAGAUGAUGAUGCAUUGAGGAGGCUAGCGUGCGCUUGAAAGCGCGACUUUCGUACCUUGUGUUGUAUAUUGGCUUGAUUGUACCUGUCGUCUAGCAUGGCGUUCGGAGCGAGAGGAUUCGUUGUUUGCAGUGGAUUGCAUUCUAUGCAUGGCGAGGCGCGGUGCUGAGAGCUCUUUCGGAGUAGCUAUUCGUUUUCAAUGAAAGAACUGUAUUAUUCCUG